CGUUCGGGCAGGGCGGCGGGCGGGGAUGUGGCGAGCGUGACGUGAUUUUGUCCGCGUUGGAGCCGGGGCGGCCGUGGCGAGCGUGACGUGGCACAGAGCGAGCGAGGGAGCGACGAGGCUCCGGGCACCGAGCAGCAGCAGCCGCCGCCCGCCCCAUAUAAAUCGGCGCCGCCCGCCCGCCGCCAGCCGUCCCCGGAGCCGGGCCGCGCUCCCCUCCCUCUCCCUCUGCCACCUCCACAACCGCCGCCGCCAUGGGCCUCACCAUCUCCUCGCUCUUCUCCCGCCUCUUCGGCAAGAAGCAGAUGCGCAUCCUCAUGGUUGGUUUGGAUGCUGCUGGUAAGACAACCAUCCUUUAUAAGCUGAAGCUAGGAGAAAUUGUCACCACAAUCCCCACUAUUGGUUUUAAUGUGGAAACAGUAGAAUACAAAAACAUCUGUUUCACGGUUUGGGAUGUUGGUGGUCAAGAUAAAAUUAGACCUCUUUGGAGGCAUUAUUUCCAAAAUACACAGGGCCUCAUUUUUGUGGUGGAUAGCAAUGACAGAGAGAGAAUCCAGGAGGCAGCGGAAGAGCUGCAGAAAAUGCUUCAAGAGGAUGAGCUGCGAGAUGCAGUGCUGCUUCUGUUUGCAAACAAACAAGAUCUGCCAAAUGCCAUGGCAAUCAGUGAAAUGACAGAUAAACUAGGUCUUCAGUCCCUGCGUAGCAGAACUUGGUACGUCCAAGCUACCUGUGCUACGCAAGGAACUGGUCUGUAUGAGGGACUUGACUGGCUGUCAAAUGAACUCUCAAAACGCUAACUCAAACUGGAUGACUCUUUCACCAGGGACAUGUUUGAUAUAAGUGGUCUAGGCUUGUUACAACAAAAUUAGUUUGCAUCUUGGUUAUUACAGUAUCUGGAACUGAUAUUUGGGCAGGAUAUUAAAGCGUUUCAACUUAUUUUGUUGCCAAUUAUUGUUUACCGAGCUACAUGUUGCAAAGGUAGCAAUAUGCUUGGGUAAAAAUCUCCUUAACUUGGACAAAGUGUAUCUUCUGAUUUUAUUCCCCUUGUUAGUCUAAAUGCCUGAAUAUAGUUAUUGUGACAUCUUUGAGAUCUGUUUUGAAUACUUUUUGAGCCCUGAUAAAUUAAUGUUUUAAUUUUUUUCUCCCUGCUACUUUUAGUUUACUGAUGCCCUGUUUCAUUCCUCAGACAGUCUGCUGAUUUAAAAAUGUAGCAUUCUGUAUGUAUUUAUUUCUAUCCCUUGCCAAGAAGAAUUCCUAAUAUUGCUUGUUCCCGCCAAGAAAAUGCUCUAAAACACUAUUCAAAUCUACUGCACUGAGGAACAUUUUUAUUAAUCUUUGGGUUCUAUUAGCCCGACUUGCCUUUGUGUGAAUUGGAUUCGAUGGGUAGAAUAGUUCUGUGCUGGUUGCGAAGAGCUCAUGUUGAGGUUGUUUUUAAUAUUCAGCAGAUUGUCUUCCUUUAUAUUGUAUCUUUUUUUAUGUUGCAUGUUGCUUUUUGGUAUCAGCCUGACUAUUUUCGCCCAGUGUAUAAUAGUUCUGCUGAAGUUUUACUGUUUGUUGGUGAACAUAUCUUCAUAAAGAGAUUUUGGAAAAUUCAUCAAACUCAAUGGAUUAGUUUAUUCAUAACCCACUUGGAAUUAUUCCUAAUAAAAUGAUAAAAUGUAUAGUUCCGUGUAUGCUCUUCUUGAUUCCUGAAAUAGUUGAAUUGCAAGUUGUCACUUAAUCAUUUUCCAUAAACUGAGUUUUCCUGCAGCUUGAAUGUGAACAUAAAUCUCAUUUUCACUUGUUUGGAGCUAUAUAGAUGGGGACACAAAGUGGGCAACGAAGUUGUAUACAGUGCAGUAGAGUAGUUGUCAUAAAGACAUAUGAUUCUGUAAGUGUCUUUUGAAGUUGUAAAUCUAAAAUUCUUUUUAAGAUGUCCAGAUAUGAAAAUACUAACAGUUACAAAAAUGGUAAUAAAACAAGUACGAACUGCCUGAAAA